AUGGAGGCUGCAAAAGACAGCAAAAUCACGCCGGCGGUACGGUCCGAAGGAUCAAUUCGCGAUGGAUCUGUAGACGGCGAGCACGUCAAGAAGAAUGACUACGAUGACGAUGUGGUCCAAAUCAUCGACAAGGCCGCUGAGCGCGCGCUGUGCAGGAAAUUGGACUUUCACAUCUUGCCCGUGCUAGCCAUGAUGUACCUCUUCAACGCGCUCGAUAAGGGAAACCUGGGCAACGCCGAAACCGAUGGCAUGAGUAAGGAUCUUGGAUUCAAGGACGGCCAGUACAACCUCAUUGUCAGCAUCUUCUUCGUGCCCUUCGUCGCGGCCGCGCCCUUUGUGGCCCUCAUCGGCAAGAAAUUCGGUCCGGCCAUUGUCCUCCCCAUUCUCAUGUUCACCUUUGGCACGAUGACGAUGCUCAUGGCCGCCGCGCAAAACUUUGGAGGCGUCUUUGCGCUGCGGUGGUUCCUCGGCAUGGCGGAGUCGGCGUUCUUCCCCCUCGUCAUCUACUACCUCACCACCUUUUACCGUCGCGGUGAGCUCGCACGACGCUUGGCCAUCUUUUACGCCGCUUCCAACAUUGCCAAUGCUUUCUCCGGUCUUCUGGCUUUUGGAGUGUUCCACAUCACCAACACCAAGUUGCAUCCCUGGCGAUGGCUCUUCAUCAUUGAGGCGACUGCGACUAUCCUAUUCUCCGUCUUCGCUUUUUGGUAUCUUCCGCGCAGCGCCGCAGAGGCUAAAUUCCUCACGGAAGAAGAGAAGCAGCUUGCUCACCACCGUAUCCGAGUCGACAGCUCAUCCGUGGUUGGAGAGGAGAUGAAGAUGCGGGAGGCAGCCAAGGUUUUCAAGCACCCGACAACGUUUGGCUUCCUCGCCAUUGAAAUCUGCCUCGGCGUCCCGCUCCAGAGCGUCGGCCUCUUCAUGCCCCAAAUUGUGCAGCGUCUGGGCUACAGCACCAUCAAGACAAACCUCUACACGGUGGCCCCGAACGUCAGCGGUGCCGUCGUGCUCCUGAUUCUCGCUUUUCUCUCAGACUGGCGACGCCUGCGUUUCCCGUUCAUUGCCUUGGGCUUCAUGCUCACUUUCAUCGGCUUCAUCAUAUACGCCGCCAUCGAUGAUGUUGAGGCCGAGAUCAAGCUCGCAUACUAUGCCUGUUUCAUGAUGACCUGGGGCACUUCGGCGCCGAGUGUGCUUCUGUCGACUUGGUACAACAACAACGUUGUCAACGAAAACCAACGUGUGCUCCUGACUUCAAUUGGUGUUCCAUUGGCCAACCUCAUGGGUCUUGUCAGCAGCAACAUCUUCCGCAAGCCAGACGCUCCGAAAUACGCGCCCGCGUUGAUUACGACGGCUGCGUUCGGUGUAGUAGGUGCCUCUUGUGCGCUUGCUUUGGGAUUCUACAUGAUGUGGGAUAACCGAAGGAGGAACCGGGCCGAGGGCGUUACUUUGACUGCUAGUGAAGUCCCGACGUCAAAGCUGGGCGAUGGACCCAAGAGCCCUCACUUCCGAUGGUUCUUGUAA